UCAGUUAUCUGUCCAGGAAUGUGGUGGAGACAGAAGUCCAAGACACAGUUGUGAGGCAAAGCGCCAAAGAGCUUGUUUGCUAUCCUUACCAAGCACUUGUAUGUUUUGUUUAGUGAGGGUUGAAAGUGCAAAGAGGAUUGUAGCUUUAGUGCAAAUCAAAGAUUAGCGUUUGUUUUUGAAUGUAAUUACAGCCUUUCAUUAAUGUCGCAGGAUCCUCUCAUGUCUAGUUUUGUUCUCAAUUCUUGUGUGGAAUCAACACCAUUGCUAUUCUCCUGAGAAGAAUCGAAAUUUAUCUUCAACGUAUUUGAAAAAUGACAAUAGCCGCCGAAAGAAAUUUCAAGUUGCCUUUGCAAAAAUCCGUUGACCGAAUUGUUACUUAUCCGAUUGUUGGAGACAGUUACAAUUUCAUAAAUAUCGUUUACACCAAAGUCAAGAACUCUAACUUAAUUAUUGGCUGGACUUUGAAUACUGCAGAGACCAGUUUUUUGACCUUCACUACUAUCUCCUUGAACACCGCAGACAUUUUUGGAUUCCUCUCUGCUCUUGACAAACUCAUCUUACUGAGUUUGGACGUUGUUGAAAGACAUUUUCCAUACUUGAAGUACUCUCCAGAAAUAAUGUACCACUUGACAAAGGAUUAUGUCCGAGAAAAUGUUGUCCAACCGCUCAAACGAUCCAAUUCAGUCAAGUCAAUCGGGAAAUACAGUGAUUUAGCAGCAGAAAAAAUUGAUUCGGUUCUUGAUGUGGCUGACAAAUACGUUGAUAAAUAUUUACCAGACUCUGGUGACUUUGAUACUGUCGAUGCAGCAACAAUUCCUGAGAAUGCAAGUAAAACUUUAAAAACUUUCAAACAUGCAAACCGUUUUUCCCGGAAGUUGCAACGCAGACUGACACGCAGAACAAUCGAUGAGGCCAGUGCUUUGAAGCACCAAAGCGCAGAAACCUUACAAACCCUCAUUUACUUGGCAAAACUUUUGAUCAGAGACCCCAAAGAAUUCAUCGCCAAAUCAAAAGCCUUUUGGGCUCAUUUAAGUGAAGAUGAACCUGAAAAUCAAGUCCCGCCCAAAAAUUUGCAACAGUUGAUUGUGAUGCUGACCCGAGAAACAGCCAGAAAAGUCGUUCAUGUAACAAACUACACUGGUAGAAAAUUGGCUGUGAUUCCUGCUUUUAUCUCCGACUCAUUUUACAUCACCAUCCACAACAUUAGUGUGCUGGCCAACUCUCUUUUGAAGGUGUACUACAUCACUAUAAAUCGCAUCAAUUCCUCCAUUAUUCAUCCGAUUUUCAAACAAAUAGACUAUACAAAACAGUAUAUUGUAGCCAAGGAAACUGCAUUCUCUAAUCGAGUUUAUUCCAGCAUUGAAUCCUCUUUGAAUAAAACAGAUAAAUUCCUAGAUAAAUUCUUACCACUUCCAGAAUCCGUUCAACCUCCAAAUGUCAAAUCAAGCGACAACAAUGUUGUAAAAACUUUCAAGAACACUCACCAUUUCUCUCGAAAAUUGCAGCGCAGAUUAGUACGUCAAGCGCAUGUUGAAGUUGAAGCUUUCAAAAAGCAAACGGCCAAGAAUGUGCAACUCCUGAUUUCUUUCAUAGAACUGUUGAGAACCAACCCUAAAGGUAUCGGUGAGCAAGCCAAAAUUUUAUGGAAUCAGUUGAGUGAGAAUGAACAGCCAAGUGAAGUGCCUACCAAUUUGCAAGAUUUAUCAUUGCUGCUGGCCAAUAAAAUUGCACACCGAUUUGUCCACACAACCAAUUUUACAAUUCGUCAACUUCUGAUUGCCCAACGAUACACCAAGGACUCAGUUUACUCUUACAUUCGUAAAGUGCACAGUUUUGCUGAUAACAUUGUCAAGAAACUUUUCAGUGUGCUAUCAUUCAUGAAUGCAAAACUGGGAACUGCAAAUUUUAUCGUCUUCGUGGACCAAAUCAAGCUUCUUGCAUUGCGAUUACUGGAGAAUCUCAUGUCAGGUUCCAAGAGGAAACAAGUUAGACACAAUGAGUACCUCCGAAACCAAAUUAGGAACGUUGAAAAUGGGAAGGUAAACAAUGUUUCAAAGCACAAAAAUCACAACCAUAAUAAUGCCAGCGCAACAAAAGAAGAAAGGAGAAACUCGGAUGCAACCAACACUGCGCACAAUUCUCAUGCCAGCACAGAAUAGAAUAAUUCUUGUCGGCUGCCUAAACUCCGUAAAUGAAUUAUCAAAUCAACAAUUUCUUUUACCUACAAUUUCCUCAGCUCAAAAGUAAUUCAGAAGUCUUGUUCUCAAUUUCCAAUUUCCUCUGUUCACUAAUAACAAAUGCUUACUAGACUGUUCGUCAUGAAAAAAGAUUGUUGUGGCGGCUUUCAACUCAACAUUUAUUGCUGACUAGUGUUAUUUGUUAACAGCAGUCACAGGACAAUGGUUUGACCCCCUUUUUCUUUUAUUUUGUCCUCUAUGAUUAAAUUAUGAUCUUCGUUAACUUUUCACGGAACAAAAAUAUUCAUAUUUAAUCAAUUACUGGUUCCUAUUUCUCCCCUGCGUGUACUUGUAAACUCUUCAAUCAGGAAUUACAAUCCUCCUCAGAGAGAAUCGUGGGUUUCCUGUUUGCCUUUCUUAUUUAAGAAUAAUAAUUUUACCUUAUUUCCUUUCCUAGAACAUUAAGUAACGUGAAAUUAUGGAGAAUUUAUGAUUGUAAAUAAUAUUUAUUACUACUAUCGUCAUCACAAUCAUUGUCACCGUCGCUUUCAUACCAAUUAAAUUAUUUUUAUCUCAUUCUCACUUAUUUUUCAGAGGUGUAGGGCAUGUAUGAAGUAAAUUUUUUUUUUUCUCCACCUGCAUAGUUUGCCCAUCAUCUGGAGCCUACAUAACUUUCUUUACUUGAAAGCUUUCUUCAGAUUUAUUUUUUCUUUGGUUACAGAUAUUUAAUCAGGGUAAUUAUAACCAGGUCUAAAUAGUUUAGUCUCUGUUAUCAAAGUCUUCUUGGUCUGGAUUCUGUAAUUUAAUAAUCAUAUUUUUAUAUUAAGUAGGCACUUUUAAAACUUUCAUUUUUUCUUCUUUGAAUGAAAAGAAACAAAAUAUAUCGGUUCCCUCAACAAAAGAUGUAUUUUUGACACAAAAUAAAUUGACAUCAAUGUAUGCCAUUUCAUCACACAUUUGUCAUUUUUUCUUUGUUUAAAUUGCGUUGUCCGCACCAAUCAUUUCUUUGGGCCCUUAAACUUUUCAUCUCUUAACCUUUCUCUGUUGUUUUGUUGACUGAAUGUACCGUUUAAAGACUGAGUUUUGUAUCUAAGUUUUCCUGGUGGAGGUAGGCAACAUCUUUUUUCUCUUCCUCUUCUUACUUUUUUAAGUACAAUUGAUCAUCAAUGUUUUGAUUGUAUUAUGACUAUUUUCAUAUUUAUUAAAAAAAGUUAAGUAAAUUC